CCUCCUCCUUCUUCGCCGCCGCCGCCGUCGCUGCCCCUUUCCCGGCCGGCGGCUGCCGCUGCUGGUGCCGCCGACAGCGCCGCCGCCUCGGAGCCGCGAGCCGAGCGGAGGCCGCCGCGGAGCGCGAGCGCUGCCCGCCCCGCCGCCCCGCCGGCCGCUCCAGGGCCGGGCCGGCUCGGCCGGCGCCCCCCGCGCCCCCCAGCCCGCCCGCCCCCGCGGGCCCGGCCUGGCGCGGCCGCCCGCCGCGGCGCUCCUCCUCCUCCUCCUCCGGCGGCCCGCGGCCCGCCGCCUUCUCUGCCCGUCGCCCCGCGCCCCUCGCCGCGCCGCCACCCUCGGCGCCCCGCGGCGCCCCCCGCUCCCGCCCGCCAUGCCCGGCCCGGCCGCGGGCAGCAGGGCCCGGGUCUACGCGGAGGUGAACAGCCUGAGGAGCCGCGAGUACUGGGACUAUGAGGCUCACGUCCCGAGCUGGGGUAAUCAAGAUGAUUACCAGCUGGUUCGGAAACUUGGUCGAGGAAAGUAUAGUGAAGUAUUUGAGGCUAUUAACAUCACCAACAAUGAGAGAGUGGUGGUAAAAAUUCUCAAGCCAGUGAAGAAAAAGAAGAUAAAACGAGAGGUUAAGAUUCUGGAGAACCUUCGUGGUGGAACAAAUAUCAUUAAGCUGAUUGACACUGUGAAGGAUCCUGUGUCAAAGACACCAGCUUUGGUAUUUGAAUAUAUCAAUAAUACAGAUUUUAAGCAACUGUACCAGAUCCUGACAGACUUUGAUAUCCGGUUUUAUAUGUAUGAACUACUUAAAGCUCUGGAUUACUGCCACAGCAAGGGAAUCAUGCACAGGGAUGUGAAACCUCACAAUGUCAUGAUAGAUCACCAGCAGAAAAAGCUGCGACUGAUAGACUGGGGUCUGGCGGAAUUCUAUCAUCCCGCCCAGGAGUACAAUGUCCGAGUGGCCUCCAGGUACUUCAAGGGACCAGAGCUCCUUGUGGACUAUCAGAUGUAUGAUUAUAGCUUGGAUAUGUGGAGUUUGGGCUGUAUGUUAGCGAGCAUGAUCUUUCGAAAGGAGCCCUUCUUUCAUGGACAGGAUAACUAUGACCAGCUCGUUCGCAUUGCCAAGGUUCUGGGUACAGAUGAGCUGUAUGGGUAUCUGAAGAAGUAUCACAUAGACCUAGAUCCGCACUUCAACGAUAUUCUGGGACAACAUUCACGGAAACGCUGGGAAAAUUUCAUCCAUAGUGAGAACAGACACCUCGUCAGCCCUGAGGCCCUAGAUCUUCUGGACAAGCUUCUGCGAUACGACCAUCAACAGAGACUGACCGCCAAAGAGGCCAUGGAGCACCCGUACUUCUACCCCGUGGUGAAGGAGCAGUCCCAGCCUUGUGCAGAUAACGCUGUACUUUCCAGUGGUCUCACGGCGGCCCGAUGAAGACUGGAAAGCGACGGGUCUGUUGCUGUUCCUCCCACUUUUCCAUAAGCAGAACAAGAACCAAAUCAAACGUCUUAACGUGUGUAGAGAGAUCACGUUCCGUGAGCAGACACAAAACGGUGGCGGGUUUGGCGAGCACGAACUAGACCAACCGAAGGGCAGCCCACCACCGUAUGUCAAACCUCACUUCCGAAUGUAAAAGGUUCUCACACCUUUGGCUUCCUGUUGACUUCCUCCUGACCCAGAAAGCAUGGGAAAUGUGAAGGGUAUGCGAAAUGGUUGUUGGUUACUGUUGCUCCCCCGUGCCCCUGGUUCGUCCCGUGGCCACCUGUUUUUCCAGCAAACCACGUUAACCAGCCAACCACAGACUCCAGUGGGGGCACGGGGCGUAUAUGGCAUGACGGGCAGUUACAUAUUAUAAUUUUAAAAGUAUAUAUUAUUGAAUAAAAGGUUUUAAAAGAAA